CUGUAAAGAAGCGGUGGAUGCGGCGCUUGGUUGAUGCUGCCUGCCUUCGCAGGAUGGUUCAGGCAGAUGCAGUCGAGCGCCUUCUCCCCCAUCGGGGAGCUUGGUCUCCCCUUCAGCUUUUCCGCGUUUCCAUGGUAACAGUAAGCUCUGAACGGCGAAGGUCAAGUGCUGGUCCUUGGGGAGUUCGCGGGAUUAGAUAAUUUGGUUAUCGAUUUUGGAGAUGCUAGAUGGCCUCAAAUGAAGAUGCCAUUGCUUGGUACCAAAAAAAGAUUGGAGCCUAUGAUCAGCAGAUAUGGGAAAAGUCCAUAGAACAGACUGAGAUGAAGGGCUUCAAAAACAAACCCAAAAAGAAAGGCCGCAUACAACCUGAUCUUAUAGAUGUUGAUUUAAUCAGAGGUUCCACAUUUGCCAAAGCUAAACCUGAAAUCCCUUGGACAUCUCUUACAAGGAAAGGGCUUGUGCGGGUCCUUUUCUUCCCAUUUUUUAGUCAUUGGUGGAUACAAGUGACCUCCAGGCGUAUUUUUACAUGGCUGCUAGUGCUCUACCUCUUACAAGUUUUAGCAAUUGUGCUGUACUACAUGAUGCCAGUUGUGAGUGCAAGUGAAAUUAUGGGACCAUUGUGCCUUAUGCUACUGAUGGGGACUGUACACUGUCAAAUAGUAUCUGCUCAGUUAACUAAACCCUCAGGAAUUGAUGGGAGCAGUAUUGGCCGGAGAAGGAGAAAAAUACGCAAAUUUGCAGGAGGUGAUGGCAGUGUUCCAUACUCUUCCUUUGACGAGAUCAGCAGAGCAGAGGAGCCGUCAGAGUUUUCAUCCAGGCUCAGCAGCUUCUUUGACUCAGUAUUGCGCAGAAGGAGCAGGGAGGGAAUGAAAAGGGGAAAACGAGUAGCAGAUAAAGGGACUGAAAUGGAACAUAGUGGUGGUACGAAGCGCAGGCUGUCCAGAUCUGAGCAUAGUUUGCAGCGGUCCAAGGAGCCUGGAGUGCUAUUAUCAAGUGUAGAAAAACCCAUGGUUAAUGCCAGGCGCUCUGGGGUUUCUGAAGAGCUGUCAAGUGAGGAGGAUGCAGAUGCCGUGAGUCAGAGAAUUUUGUUGCGCAGAAGUGUAGAAGGUGCCCUUAGUGUCAAUAACAGUGAAAAUCAGAGCAGGAAGUCUUCUGUUGCUGUUCCUUCUGCUUCUGCUUCUCCAAACCAAUCAGUAUCACAGGUCCAAGAGGUUGUGAAAUCAAUGCAAGAUUCUGACAGCAUAGAGGAAUUGGAACCCGACAUAACAGUUCUUCAUGAGGAGUCCAGAUCCUAUCAUAGCAGUGGAUCUCGGAGUGGCAGUGUAUCCCGUAGAGACUCAGAAAGCACCCGCCAUGACUCUGAGACAGAGGAUAUGCUGUGGGAUGACUUGCUUCAUGGCCCCGAGUGCCGCUCCUCCUACACCAGUGACAGUGAGGAAGCGAAAGGAAAAGAAGCAAAGGGCAGCAAACGUGAUCUGAAGGAGGAUGUUUUCCAGCAGAACCACUUGUUCUGGCUGCAGAACACAAGCCCUGCCUCUACCAAAGUGAGUGCUGUCAUCUGGGAGGGGAAUGAGUGCAAGAAGGUGGACAUGUCUGUUCUGGAGAUCAGUGGAGUCGUCAUGAGCAGGGUCAAUGCCUAUCAACAAGGAGCUGGUUAUCAGUGGCUGGGAAAUAUUGUUACCAUUGGCUUAGCUUUCCUUCCAUUCCUCUAUCGACUCUUCCACUCAAAGACCCUGGAGCAGUUAUGGUCCCUUUCUGUAAAAGAAGUUUUUUAUAUCUUUUGUGGGGCUCCCACGAUUCCCCCUGUUGUUAUGCUUGCUAUGAUCAUCUUCCUUGAGCGCCUGUGCCUCACUUGGAUGUUUUUCUUCAUGAUGUGUGUUGCUGAGAGAACAUAUAAACAGCGAUUUUUGUUUGCCAAACUUUUUAGCCAUAUCACUUCUGCUCGGAAGGCAAGGAAGUAUGAAAUCCCUCACUUCAGACUCAAGAAAGUGGAAAACAUUAAGAUCUGGUUAUCGCUCCGCUCCUACCUGAAGAGGCGAGGCCCACAGCGAUCUGUUGAUGUGGUUGUGUCCUCCAUCUUCUUACUGGCCCUUUCCAUUGCUUUCAUCUGCUGUGCACAGGUUUUAAAAGGUCACAAGACCUUCUUGAAUGCUGCUUACAACUGGGAAUUCCUAAUUUGGGAAACAGCCCUGCUUCUCUUCUUGUUGCGUUUGGCAUCCCUGGGCUCUGAAACCAACAAGAAAUAUAGUAAUAUUUCAAUUCUGCUUACUGAGCAGAUAAACUUGUAUCUUAAGAUGGAGAAGAAGCCAAACAAGAAAGAACAGCUCACACUCGUGAAUAAUGUCCUAAAGCUUUCUACCAAACUCCUGAAAGAGUUAGAUACACCAUUUAGACUGUAUGGCCUAACAAUGAAUCCUUUAAUCUACAACAUUACUCGUGUGGUGAUCCUGUCUGCAGUCUCUGGUGUUAUAAGUGAUCUACUGGGAUUCAAUAUUAGAUUAUGGAAAAUCAAACCAUGACUUGAAGAAGAAAGAAAGUAAGGGCUCUUGCUGCAGGCACAAGAAUUGUCAGCAGUCCUACACAGACUUGAUGUGGCAGUUGAAGGUGCUUCUCUAAUUGCAGUAGUCCUCACAUCAACAAACCUGCUCAUACAGUCUGUCAAGACUUCAGAAUAAAUGAAUUUUAUUUUCAUUGGGGCCAUGAGUUGAAGAGAUGGUUAAAUAGUACUAAACAAACUAAUUAAAAUGAAGUUAUAUUAAUGGAACGAACCUGCAGCUCCCAUGGAGUACAGUAGUGUGAAAUUAGCGGUAUGAAAUUAUAUAACAGAACUUUGUUGCAUGAACAAAAGAACAGAAAUAAGCUGGUCUUGCUGUUAGUCAUUUGCAACUUUAAAAGAACUUAAUGCAUAUUACAAACAGGUUAAAUAGCAUGUUUUUAAAAUGAGGUGGCUGAGCAUAGUGCUCUGUUUGACAGGUGCUUGUUUCUGGCAGAAUCACCUUCUUUUGGUAGGAUGUUCUUGACCUACUUUAGUUAAAAAUUUUCAAAGUGCCUCUGAUAAAAUUUUCUUGACUGGUACUAGGCUUAGCAGCAGAAGCUGUUGUAGGCCUUGCCCAUUGAUGCUGCUUGAGAAGAGAAAGAAAUGAAAAUUCUGUCCCCAGAAGAUGAAUAUAUCGUCCUCCGGCAUUCAGCAGUUGCUUAGGAAUGCACAAACCACUCCAGAAGGUGGUUUAGAAUAGGCCUGCCACACCCACCAGGACAGAUGAUAGUUUUUAUAUAAUUAGCAUUUUCCCACUAACUCAUUAUGUGAAUUCAGACUGAUCUGAACAAGCAAAGCAGUCUCUCCAUGAGAGAAUACAGCAAUGUUUAUAUGCUUCCAGAGAGAGAGCAGAUAGCAAAUGUUUUACAGUAUUUAAGAGGCUAUUAGACAGCCAAAUUUCUGCUGGGAUAUUGCUGGCAUUGAGCUCUGUGGAAACUGGGUUGGGCCUGAAGAUUUUCCCACUGCAGGGGACUGUUGAUAAAGAACUUUGCACACAAUCCUUCCCUAGUAUUAGGGGCUGUGAAAUGGUUCACACAGGAAAAUUUCAUAUAGCUGUAUUCCAGAUUUUCACAUAGUAUACCUAGAUGUUACCAAAUAUUUAGAACACACAGCAGCUUCUGAAUGUACAGGUAGCAAAUCUAUAUUUGUAUGGUUUUCUACUUGUGAUACUAUAAAUUUAUUCCUAAAUCCACAUAAACAUGGAUGAAAUAGCUCUAAAAGGGCUUGCCAAACAUCACUGAGUAGUUGACCGCUAUCCCUAGUAUGUAUGCAGUAGUUUUUAAAUAGGCAUUGCCGCCACAAUCUCAAAACAGGAUACAAUACUUUACUAGUAGAUAAACAGCUUUGUAUAUACUGUUUAAAUAUUGUCCUACAAUAUUCUUCAAGUCCAACUAAAUGGUAGUAAU